AUGGGGCCCUGGCGGCUGCUUGCUCUCGUUGUGCUCAGUGUGUACUUCCUCACAACAGUUUGCCAUGCGUGUAAAAAAAAAAGGAAAGAGUUAAUAGACAGGUCGUGCGGCAGGACAAAAGUGAUCACCGGCUUUCCACGCGGAAUCUCCGAACACUCUCUGAAGCACCCAGUGUGCUCGACUGUGUUUUCCUCUGUCUUUGAAACGGAGACCACCGUGACCGACUGGUUGAUCGUUUUGGAUCAGAAAAACAGGUGGGCGAAUUGUCCCCCGGGUCAUUUCCUGCAAGGGUUUCUAAUUACAAAUCACGAGAAAGGCGUGUACGCAAUAGAAGCGGGCAGGUGUACAAAAUCGAGUAAGCGUAGUAACGAAUACGGCGACUGUUACAUCGAGCGCACAUCUAGAUGCAGCCACUGCUGGCGAGAAGGCUACUAUCUGGCGGGCAUCUACCGAGGCGACUGCUCCGGCUGGGGCUGUAUAUCUCAACUGAGAUGCUGUAGCAUGUCCUCUGAGGUCAGCGUGGAUUCUGUGGAAGCUGCGAAGGACAAGGUCAUGGCGAGGUCUCUCAAUGGGCUGGCUCAGUUAGCCUGGAAUUUAGGCUACUAUGGGACCUUGGGAUGCAUUGGAAGACAGCCCGGAGACAAUUUCGAGAAAGAUGGGUACUCUUUCAAGGCAAAGAAGUGUCCGAAAUUAAACAAUUUCCAGUUGAAAAUCUCGUAUGGCGACUGGAAGCUCAGCUUGUCGGACGUGAAGUAUUCACAAAUGAAGACAACAGAACUCGUGCCGAAAACACUCGACUUUGGCUCUCUGACCAACCGCCAUCCCACUCCACUUGUGGAAACGAUGAGGAGACAUUACAAAAGUAUUCGUACAGUGAGACAUUCACACACCAGCCACUGGAGCGUGUCUGUCACCACAGGGAUCAAGGUCUCCUACAGACCUCUGGACGUGACAGGGGGCGUGGGGAAAGAAUUUAGCUUCAGCAUAACUGCGGAGGGCGGGGAAUCAACCACAGACGAAACGGCAAGUGCCCAGGAAAAUUCCUUUGAGGUGACGAGAGAGAAGACGCUGGACCCGUACACGGCGACGGACUGGGUGGCACGGAUGUACCAGACUCGGACCACGCAAUACUACCGUGCGACUCUCCGCAUGGAGUGCUCCGCUCAGCUGGACGGAAUUCUCAGAAAGGGACACAACUUCCACAGACGUUACUUCAGACGCAAUGAGAAUACGAAAGACGUGAAGUACCGCUUCGGCGAUAAAGACACACCGUUUUUCGUCGCUGUCAAAGACGAGAAAGAGCAGUGGACAUAUCCGUGGAUGUGGGGCGAUUUGAUUGAGCGAGUGCCGAGGGUGAAUGAUGUCGUGGGAUAUUUGGCUAAUCAGACGCACUAUGAGUUUGUCCUGGAGGGAAAGUUUGACGACGUUCAGGGCAACAAGGUUGAAAUGGAAUUUACCAAUCACACAGAGCUACCCCGUCCGGAGGUUGGUGCUGAUUACACACUGCCUAUGUUUAACGACUUCAGAGAAGAAAUGGGGGAGGGAGAUGCCAAAGUGGUUGUAGCCAGCGAGGGGCCCGAUGACCCUCCGUCUGGUUUCAGGCCCGUUUUUGAUUAA